GGCCAACCAUCCCUUACAUUCCGCGGUAGACAACUUUCAGUCGAUCGCUUUCAGCGAGAUCAUUUCCUUUCGAGGAAAACAACUGUGCUUCAUUACGAUGUUUAAGUUCGCCCUACAACUGCUGCUCUGCACGGCAGUCAUUAACACACAAUCUCCGGACUUCCUCACUGACUGCGUGUCGAGUUCGGAACACGUAACUGCGGCGCACACAUGCAUCCUGGUACCGCAGGCUGAUAUACGCACGUACGGUAGGUCCUACAAAUUGAUAGCCGAGACCGUGCUGCAGGAACCCUCCAAUCAGCAGAACCCGAAAUUCCUCAACACGGUCUACAACGUCAAACGGGCCGCAGUCAAGGAUCGAGAUUAUGUGAAGGAAGGACCCAACCUUCUCUUGGAGUUUACUACUAGCCAGAGUGCCUGCCUUCAUUCAUGUCACCACACCGUUUACAUGUGCCCGCCCAUUGACGACAAGGUGAACGGGCUGUGCCAGGCAGUGUUCCACUACCGUAAUGGCGUCUUCGACAUCGAACAAUCUUGGUGCAAGCGCACGGAUUAAGCUACUCAGGCAUGCACAGCCCGAAUCCCUAACCGUGACUCCUGAAGCGUGCCAGCGUCAGGCGAGAGACACGUAGAUAUGAAAAUGCAAUAAAAUGCGAUAAAGCAAAAAAGCCCGUACCUAUAGUAUGGAAUCAUUUCAUAUAUGUAUGUACGUAUGCAUGUAUCUGUAUAUGUCUAUGUAUGAAUAUAUGUGUAUACUUGAGUGUGGGCUGUACGUCAGUAUCAGACAAUUCUGGACUAGACAGCAGCAUGUUCUUGGAACCGAGGUGUGAAUUCGUGACGGGUUGCAACCGCCUGCACCUCGUUGUAUCUGAAAGCCUUCACAUCGAAUUAAUUUGUUCCUUGCUUUGAAAAGGCAGUCAGAUUGACUUCAGCGUCAGAAUGACCAACCCGUGGACUGGUUCACGGGUUCAGUACAUCCAGAUCGGACUUCAACAGCAGGAGACACCUGAAUUCUCGUCAGAGCUACAGCCUUCUGGCAAACAACUAAGGCAACGUAACUCCUCGAUUACGAAUAAGAAAACAGCCGCCCGUGUCAGAAGCCAUGCGGCUGGCACACUGCGAGGCCCGACGGUCAGGGUCUUACGUUCUCGCUUACUCCGUCUCGCACAACAGGUGUAGUGCGGACUAGUAAGACUUCUUGUGUGUGAUGAGCUUGAGCCAACUAAUAGCCCCAUGUGUUAUACCAUUCCGAAUGCGAUUAAAGUUUUGGCUUUGUAUGCUGAGUAACACUUGCUCUCUUAUGCCUUAGAAAUAAAGGUGAUUAUACUGCU